AUGGCUCACGGCAACCUCUCGGACCUCGUGUUCCUGGCUCUGGUAGGGAUCACCGUGCAGUGGCUGGCCUACCCAGCCACCCUCUUCGAAGAUGUGGGACCUCUGAAGGCGCAGUUCAAGUCCAAGAGUGCAGACAUGGAUGCCCUGCUGAAGUUUGGAGCCGGGCUGAUCCUUUUCCUCGGCAUGAUCUUCUCCGCGGUGAGUUGGAAUCCCGUCAACGGGAAGAUGGCAGGCUUUGGGGCUUUCAUCACCAUGGGCUACUCCAUCUACAGCAGCUUCAAGGGAGAUGGUGAGGCGUUCAUCCCCAAAUUGUUCUAUGUUUAUGCUGGUGUGAUCCUGCUGGGCGCGCUGCACAUCUUCGCGUUCCCUUCCAACCCUCUCCCCAAGAAGACGCCUGAGGUGAAGAACAACCAUGGGAACUUCUCUGACCUCAUCGCCCUCAGUUUGCUUGGCGUAGGCUUAUCCUGGUACUUCUACCCGGAACACCUAUUCCAGGAUUUGGGCCCGCUUAAGGCCCAAUUCAGCAGCAAUUCCGCAGAUUUGGCCGCUCUCAUCAAGUUCGUUGCAGGGCUCAUGGUCAUCAUUGCCCUGAUGCUCUCUGGCGUCAAAUGGAACCCCAUCAACGGCAAACUGAGCGGAUUGGGGGGAUUUGUGGCUGCGGGCUACACCGCUUACAGCACCUACGUAGCAGACAAGGAGGCCUUCAUCCCACGCCUCUUCUAUGUCUAUGCUGCGGUGAUCUUCCUUGGGGCUUUGCACAUCUUCGCCUUCCCUUCCAACCCCCUUGUCAAGAAGGAGAAGAAGGAUGGGAAGAAGGAGUGA